GACACAGCCGCGGCGCCCGAUCUCGUCAUACUUGCACCGGAGGAGACGCGAACCCUAAAUCCCCCAAACAAAUCCGCCUCGAUCUCCCCCGCCGCAGGAGAUCCCGCGCAGCCCCGCCCCGAAUCCGCGAAUCGACUCGACUCCAAGCUCGAGCUCCCCCGCCGCCCGACGCCGAUGGAUCCGAAGCUGGUGGAGGUGACGCAGCUGUUCGAACGCUUCAAGGCGGCCUGCAAGCGCAGCGAUCUCGACGCCUCCGCGACCCUCCUCUCGCAGCUCAAGGUGCUCCUCACCAAGUUCCCCAGCCUCCCUCCGCUCUUCCAGCAGACGCCCAACGCCGUGGAGGAGCUCAAGCUCGCGAGGGAAAUUUAUGAGCAUGCAGUUCUUUUGAGUGUGAAAAUGGAAGAUCAAGAUGCAUUUGAAAGGGACUUCUGCCAGCUCAAGCCUUAUUACAUGGACACAUGUGGCAUACUUCCUCCAUCUUCAAUGGAGUACCCAAUCAUGGGGCUUAACCUUCUGAGGCUGUUGGUCCAGAAUAGAAUUGCGGAGUUCCACACUGAGCUGGAGCUUCUGCCCGCCAAAGCGCUGGAGAAUGCUUGCAUCAAGCACGGGGUUGAGCUCGAGCAGUCCUUUAUGGAGGGCGCCUACAACCGUGUGCUGAGCGCUCGGCAAACCGCACCGCAUGAGACCUACGUAUACUUCAUGGACCUUCUCGCCAAAACGGUUAGAGACGAGAUAGCUGGGUGCAGCGAGAAGGGAUAUGAUUACCUGUCAAUAAGCGAUGCGAAGCAGAUGUUUAUGUUCAGCUCCGACAAGGAACUGCAGCAGUACAUCGCAGAGGAACACCCCGAGUGGGAUGUCAAGGACGGCCGCGUCUUGUUCCAGAAGGCGAAGGAGUCGCAGCCCUGCAAGGAGAUACCGGCGGCGCCCGUCAUCAACCAGACCCUUGGCUACGCGAGGGAAUUGGAAAGGAUUGUGUGAUUUGCCUCUCUUUUCUUUCAACUUUGGACCGAAUUUCCCAUGAAGAGGUGGAUUAUUGGAUUGCCCCGUGACUCAGCUGUACUAUUUUGGUUCAAUCGUUUGUUUCACCCACUGUUUCCAAAGUGCUGUAGACAAUACUGUGAAAUGUCAAAAGAAACAACGCUGUGUUAUGUUGAUCAAUUAAUUGUUUGAGAGCAAA